GUCACGAGAGGCAGGCGGAGAGCGGGCGGGGCGGGGUUCGGCGGCACCCGGAGAGGACCAGAGCACUACUGCAGCCUAGGCAGAACUUAACCGGGUCGAGUAGCCAUGCCCAAGUACUGCCGGGCUCCGAACUGCUCCAACACUGCGGGCCGACUGGGCGCUGACAACCGUCCUGUGAGCUUCUACAAGUUCCCACUGAAGGAUGGCCCCCGGCUGCAGGCCUGGCUGCGGCACAUGGGCCACGAGGACUGGGAGCCCAGCUGCCACCAGCACCUGUGCAGUGAGCAUUUCACGCCUUCCUGCUUCCAGUGGCGCUGGGGUGUGCGCUACCUGCGGCCUGAUGCAGUGCCAUCCAUUUUCUCCCCGGCACCCCCUGCUAAGAAGCAACAGAGUUCCCGCAGCACUGAGAAGCCAGUCGUGCCUCCCUCCCCACCAGAGGGCACGCCUCUGUCCCCUGGUCCUGCUGUCUCUGUCUCGGCCCCAGGCCCUGUGCCCCUUGUGGUACUGGGGUCAGCAUCCGGAGCCCCGGAGGCCAUGACCACCGUGUUCCUGACCCCCCUGCCACCGCCUCCUGCUCCUGCAGGGCAGCAGCCUGGAGUCCGGGCCCAGCACCCGCUAGCCAGGCUGGACGCUGUCCUGGGAGCGCUGCGGCGGCGGGUGCGAAGCCUGCAGCGGCGCCAGGAGCAGCACGAGCUGCGGCUGCGGGCCCUAGAACAGCUGGCGCAGCAGCUGUGCCGGGAGGGCCCCCUGAGCCCUGCUCAACAGGUGUAGCAGCACUGGGUUCAUAUUGACAGCCAGUAGCAGUCAGCUGGAACUGCAGUGGGGCUGCCCCGGCAGACUGUGACCGGACCAUGCUGGGGCACAAGGGGGACACACAGAAGAGCAGGGACAGAGCUUCAACUCAGGCCUGGUACUCUUCAUGAAGCCUGCCAGGGCCCCGGGGCUGACAGUGUCUCUCUCUCUCUGCUUCCGCUGCCCUCAUUCAAUCCCUGUUUUCCCAUGUCCUCCUCUCUUCCCACAUUCAUCUUUAUGUUUCUCUGCCCCAUCUCUCUGCCCUCCUGUCUGUCUCCCCAUUUCCUCCGUGUCUCUCUUCACCUCCAUCUUUCUGUGUCCCUCAUAUCACUGUCCCUCUCUGUGUCUGGCCUAUCUCCAUAACUUUCUCUCCAUGUCCCCUACAUUUUCCUGUUUCCCCAUACUUUUUUUUUUUUAAGAGUUAUUUAUUUAUUUAUUUAUUUAUUUAUUUAUUUGACAGAGAGACAGAGAGUGAGCGCGAAUA